UCUUUCAGCCCCAGCUGUCUCUUGAGUCCGGUUAGGGUGAUACUCCAGCCUGGUUCUACGCGAAUGCGCGCGCCACGAUCCUUGCCGUGUUUAAAGCAGUUCCUCCGAAGGAUGUCGUCCGCAGCCGCCGAUCAACCCGCCGCGACGACGGCCCCCACCGGUCCCCCUCUACGCUACCGCGUACUGGCCAAAUGUUCCCGCACCAAGGCGCGCGUAGGCGUGAUGAGCCUGCGGCACAGCGACGUCGACACGCCGGUGUUUAUGCCGGUCGGAACGCAGGGGACGCUGAAGGGACUGCUUCCGGAUCAGAUUAUGACGUUGGGGUGUCAGAUAAUGCUGGGGAAUACGUAUCACUUGGGGAUGCGUCCGGGGACGGAGAUCUUGAAGAAGGUUGGUGGGUUGCACGCCUUUAUGGGCUGGCCCCGGGCGCUGUUGACCGAUUCGGGCGGGUUCCAGAUGGUUUCGUUGCUUCAGCUGGCGGAGAUAACUGAGGAAGGGGUGAAGUUUGAGUCUCCGUACGAUAAGAGUGAGUGUAUGUUGACUCCGGAGCGGUCCAUGGAGAUUCAGAACGCGAUUGGGGCGGACAUUAUGAUGCAGUUGGACGAUGUGGUCAAGACGACCACGACCGGGCCUCGGGUUGAGGAGGCCAUGCAUAGGACAAUUCGGUGGCUUGACCGGAGUAUUGAGGCUCACGCGAGGGACGAUGAGCAGAGUAUCUUUCCGAUCGUUCAGGGCGGACUUCAGCCGGAACUACGGAAAGUUUGUGCGGCUGAAUUGACGGAACGGAACACGCGCGGGUUCGCCGUUGGGGGUUUGAGCGGGGGUGAAAGCAAGGACGAGUUCUGGCGUACGGUCCAUCUCUGUACGGAUUUGCUGCCCGAGGACAAGCCACGCUAUCUGAUGGGAGUUGGAUUUGCGGCGGAUUUGGUGGUCUGCGUCGCGCUUGGUAUCGACAUGUUUGACUGCGUGUUCCCGACGAGGACGGCCCGGUUUGGCUGCGCGUUGACCCGGCAGGGUCAGCUCAACCUGAAGCAACAGACCUUCAAGACCGAUAUGCGACCGAUUGACGAGAACUGCGACUGUUCCACGUGCAAAACGUACACACGAGCGUACCUACAUCACAUUGUUACGGUGGAACCGGUGGCCUGUAGCAUCAUCAGUAUCCACAACGUGGCUUUUCAGCUCAAACUAAUGGGAGACAUUCGAAAGAGCAUCGAAGCGGACACCUUCCCGGAGUUUAUCAAGUCGUACAUGCAGGACCGUUUCCCGGACAGCUCCGUCCCGCAGUGGAUCGUGGACGCCCUUGCCGCCGUCAACGUGCAACUUUAAGGGAACGCGUUCGAAGCUCAACAACCAACCCCAAAAAAAUAACAGUUUUGCAAUAAUUUAUUCCACCUUACCGUA